CCGUUCCAACCAGCUUUCGUUCGCAGGUUCAUCCGUCCAUGGUUUUCUGUCGCCGUGGAAGAAAGUUCUCGGUCGCCAUGAAAACCAUGGCGGCCGCGAGAUGCUACUCAACCUCAUUCCAGGGCGGAGACGACCUUCUCUGACGGCGCUAACCCUAGUCCUCGAAGCCUUUGCUCCUUCUCGUCCUCGCUACCUCGCAGCCAUGCCCAUCAACCUUAAAUUCCAAACCUUUGCCGGGAACCCGCUGAGAUCCUCCAACUCGGACUCUACGUCUUCCCCCAGCUCCGCCCUCGACUCCCUCAAGUCUUUCCUCUCCGGUGGAGAUGCCGAGUCCUCCGCCGUCGCUAGGGUUUUGCCUUUCAGAAAGGGACGAGCUUGGGUCCGCUCCACCGACUCCACAUCGGAUUCGGCCCCCAAAUGGAGCAUCGGAUGGGUUUCUCCAGCAAAGGUAAGCGGUAUCCCGGCGGAAUCCUUUAUCUACUUGGGAUCGGAUCCCGAGGAGGAAGCCGGCCCCGUUUCUUGGGCUGUCGACGUUUCUAACGCAGAAAACCUUCAUUUGGGACUCCCUGGGGAUGGAUUUGGCUUCGUCGACCUGAGGACCCUAAUGGUUGCUACCAAUUGGGCUGAUUCAGAUGCGAUGGGGGCGUUGGCCAUUGCUGGACAUGCUGGGGCACUGCUGGAGUGGCAUAGAACAUCGCGAUUUUGCGGGCACUGUGGAUCUCCCACAGCUUCCAUUGAUUCAGGAAGAAGAAAGCAAUGCGCUAAUGAGUCCUGCAAAAAGAAGAUAUAUCCACGAGUUGAUCCUGUUGUAAUUAUGCUAGUUAUUGACAAAGAGAAUGAUCGUGCAUUGUUAAGCGACCAAUCCAGGUUGGCACCUCGUCUAUGGACUUGUCUUGCAGGCUUUAUAGAGCCAGGGGAGAGCUUAGAAGAGGCUGUAAGAAGAGAAACUUUGGAAGAGACUGGUAUUGAAGUUGGUGAAGUCGUUUACCAUAGUUCUCAGCCAUGGCCUGUUGGGCCUGGCAGUAUGCCCUGCCAGUUGAUGAUGGGGUUCUUUGCCUAUGCUAAAACAUUUGAUAUCCAUGUCGACAAAUCGGAGCUUCAAGAUGCACAGUGGUAUAAAAGAGAGGACGUGAAGAAAGCUCUCACUUACAACGAAUAUGAGAGAACUUACAAGACAACUGCAAACAAAGUGAACCAAAUCUGCAAGGGUCUCGAGAGAGGUCAGGUUUCCGCAAUAGACUUGAAUAUUGGAGGUGGAGAUCUUGCGCCAAUGUUUGUACCUGGACCAUAUGCCAUCGCUCACCAUCUUAUAUCAUCAUGGGUUCAUGAAGAUACACAUUCUAGCAAUGGGUUGGAGUCUAAGCAAUUGAGCUCUCUCUCUAACUUAUGAUUUAAUGAUUACCGGAUCAAUGCCUUGGAAUAAUGUGGCCAAAUUUAUGACCAUGUCCAGACAACAACUACUCCAGAUACAGGAUCUCUCAUUGUCUUCUAUUAGUUAUUCUUGUGGAGGUUUUAACAGUCAAAAAACUUUUGAAUUGUGUUUUAUAUGUUCUGUGAGCAUAUUUGUACAUGAAAAAUAGUUGGCAACUUUGUCAAUUAUUUUUCAUGGUAUACUUGUAAUUAGAAUUAGUCAUAAUUGUUUUUAACUUGCAAAAACAAUUUUACAAUUA